AAAACUUUAAAAUCGUUUAGUUCUUUCGGUUCAGUCAGAAUUGUUUAUUUCAAAAAAAUCAAUAAAAAACUAGAAAAAUGAAAUAUUUGAUUUUAGCUUUGUGCGUUAGUUUCACAUUAGGACUAGAAUUCGAUCGUCCAUGUCGUACAGAUGUUUCAGCCAAGGAGAACUUCUCACCAGCUUUCUACACCGGAAUCUGGUUUGAACUUUACAACAGUCUUGAACAAGGAUUCGCAGAAUGCAUUGAUCAUCAUUAUACACGUAGAGGAUUACAACAAGUUUUCGAUGUUGAAAGAACUGGCAUUAAUAAUGGAACAAGAUUGAGAGAAACUGCAGUCGUUCGUGUUGUAAACCCUGAAGAGACUCCAAUGAGAGCCAUUUUACAAGGAACAGUCAACCGUAUCAAUGGAGAAGUCAUUACUUACAACUACAGAAUCCAUGCUACUGAUUAUACAAACUACGCUAUCGUUUGGUCAUGCGUUGAUCUCGAGAACAACAGAUCACGUGAAGAAGGAUCAAUUGUUGGACGUGCUACACAAUUGACACCAGCAAUUUAUGCUAAAGUUGAUGCCCUCCUUGAAGAAAUUGGAUUGAACAGAGAAGAUUUUAGAUUCAUUGAUCAUUCUCCUGAAGCAUGCGGUCUUACUCAAUAAAGUGUAAAAUUUAAAAAAUUAACAAAGAAAGAAUAAAUAUUUUGGUAAUUAAAAGUGAUUGAAAAAUUUGAUUUACAAUUGUGCUUAAACUGGGUUAAAAAAACAGUAAACAAUAAGGUUUUAAGCUGCAAAAUUGAUUAAGCUGUGCAAAAGCGUCUAUUUUUUUGAAAUCUCAUUCUAUCAUCACUUAACAAAAACAAUCUCCCAUCCAUUGAUCCAGUAUUUUACUCUACACUUUGAUAUCAGCCAAUUGUUAAUAAUUAAUCAAAGGUUUCAAAUCUUGGAAAUUCCCAGCAAACUUAUUAGCCAUAUGAAAUAAAAAAUUUAAAGAUAAAAAUUUCUGCACCUGUUAAGAGUAACUUCAAUCUAAAACAAGAUAUCUUUAAAUCAUAAAACUCAAAUCUUAAAAAAACAGAAACUUUUUCCGAACUAGAGUUAAAACUUAGCCACUUCAAACUCAUUCACUUAGUUUAAAGACAACAAUUCUCAUAGAAUGCGAAUAAUUCUAUUUGAGCUUGACUUGCUUUCAUAUCUUAUCGACUCUGUCUUCCUCUGGCUAAUCUCUAGCUGAUAAAAUUGAAGCAAAAUCUGUGAAUGAAAAAUUGAUGACGUUAAGGAUUUAUUGCCAUUCUUAAUAUCUUAUCGAAAUAGUAGAAGCACUUCAAGUGAAGGAAAUUGGAUUUAAAAUAUCUAAUUUUAAACUAUCGAUUUUCUUUACGUCAUUUU